AUGACAGCAAUAGUAACUGAGGGGCAACAAACUGCAGGAACGACAGCAAUAGUAACUGAGGGGCAACAAACUGAAGGAAGGACAGCAAUAGUAACUGAGGGGAAACUAACUGAAGGAACGACAACAAUAGAAACUGAGGGGAAACUAACUGAAGGAACGACAACAACAGUAACUGAGGGGAAACUAACUGAAGGAACGACAACAAUAGAAACUGAGGGGCAACAAACUGAAGGAACGACAACAACAGUAACUGAGGGGAAACUAACUGAAGGAACGACAACACUAGUAACUGAGGGGCGACAAACUGAAGGAACGACAGCAAUAGUAACUGAGGGGCAACAAACUGAAGGAACGACAGCAAUAGUAGCUGAGGGGCAACGAACUGAAGGAAUGACAGCAAUAGUAACUGAGGGGCAACAAACUGCAGGAACGACAGCAAUAGUAACUGAGGGGCAACAAACUGAAGGAAGGACAUCAAUAGUAACUGAGGGGAAACUAACUGAAGGAACGACAACAAUAGAAACUGAGGGGAAACUAACUGAAGGAACGACAACAACAGUAACUGAGGGGAAACUAACUGAAGGAACGACAACAAUAGAAACUGAGGGGCAACAAACUGAAGGAACGACAACAACAGUAACUGAGGGGAAACUAACUGAAGGAACGACAACACUAGUAACUGAGGGGCGACAAACUGAAGGAACGACAGCAAUAGUAACUGAGGGGCAACACACUGAAGGAACGAACUUAAUAGUAACUGAGGGGCGACAAACUGAAGGAACGACAACAAUAGUAACUGAGGGGCAACAAACUGAAGGAACGAACUUAAUAGUAACUGAGGGGCGACAAACUGAAGGAAAGACAACAAUAGUAACUGAGGGGAAACUAACUGAAGGAGCGACCGCAAUAGUAACUGAGGGGCAACAAACUGAAGGAGCGACAGCAAUAGUAACUGAGGGGCAACACAUUGAAGGAACGACAACAAAAGUAACUGAGGGGCAACAAACUGAAGGAACGACAGCAAUAGUAACUGAGGGGAAACUAACUGAAGGAACGACCGCAAUAGUAACUGAGGGGCAACAAACUGAAGGAGCGACAGCAAUAGUAACUGAGUGGCAACACACUGAAGGAACGACAACAAAAGUAACUGAGGGGCAACAAACUGAAGGAACGACAGCAAUAGUAACUGAGGGGCAACGAACUGAAGGAAUGACAGCAAUAGUAACUGAGGGGCAACAAACUGCAGGAACGACAGCAAUAGUAACUGAGGGGCAACAAACUGAAGGAAGGACAGCAAUAGUAACUGAGGGGAAACUAACUGAAGGAACGACAACAACAGUAACUGAGGGGAAACUAACUGAAGGAACGACAACAAUAGAAACUGAGGGGCAACAAACUGAAGGAACGACAACAAUAGAAACUGAGGGGAAACUAACUGAAGGAACGACAACAACAGUAACUGAGGGGAAACUAAUUGAAGGAACGACAACAAUAGAAACUGAGGGGCAACAAACUGAAGGAACGACAACAACAGUAACUGAGGGGAAACUAACUGAAGGAACGACAACAAUAGUAACUGAGGGGCAACAAACUGAAGAAACGACAGCAAUAGUAACUGAGGGGAAACAAACUGAAGAAACGACAGCAAUAGUAACUGAGGGGAAACUAACUGAAGGAGCGACAUCACUAGUAACUGAGGGCAACAAACUGAAGGAAGGAAAACAAUAG